CGCGACCGUCGUAGCGACCGGUCACUAGAACAGCGAUCGUGAUGUCGUCGAGUGAAAUUAGUGAAAGUACAGUGAAAUGUGUGGGGUGUAACCUUGUAAUUUCGGAGGUUUUAUGUUUUAUUGAAGGAAAGCUAAAUAUUAUGGAUGUGGAAAGCCUUAUACGUGUUUGCGUCUCUGGUUUCACUGCUGAGGACAUCAAGAAAGCAAAGAGAUUGCUAUUCGAGGCAGUGCCAGCAAAGAAACGGAAUAUAUCCAGAAGGAGAGAUGGUAAAAUGCAACGGGAAGUAGAGGACAUCAUCUGCCUUUUCCAGAAUACAGACCCAGAAAAACUUCCAAUCUUUGUGGCGCGGGAUCUACAGAAACUGCCCCCGCUAACGUUUGAUCACGUAGAUGUAACUAGACUGUUAAAAGAUCUAUUAAUCUUAAAGGCUGAUGUGAAAAAUAUUAAGGAAACAUAUGUAAUGAAGGAAGAUUUCAUGAAGUCGGUGAGAGGUGAACAUUCGAAAAUAGACCUUAGAGACUGCAGUCCUAGAGGCGAUUAUGUAAAUACUAAGAGAGGUGCAUGUCUAUCAGAAAGUUGCUAUGUCGAUAGCGGGCCGAUCGGCUUACCGCCAAUUGUUUUAAAAUCGUCUGUUAAUGAGUCAGCCGGCGAGCAAGCAAUGACCGUUGGCGAUUUCUUAAACGUAAGCAACAGUACUAGUGCUAUCUCUGUCUCACCACUGAAAGUUACAAAGGAGAAACAAGUCGCGAGCAUCGAGUUUGCUCCGAACAAUAAUAAUCACCUGACAGCGGGGUCAAUGAACGGAGAGUGCAUAGCAAAUACGCAAGGCCAAGGUCAGCAAUCUAUUCCGCUCCAACAUAGUGCGAACACGGCUAUGCAUCCUUAUUGCACGCCGCGCGCGUGUAACCUGCGGCCUACCGCGGUUUCGAACAAACCGGUCGGGCUAGAUAACAAUAGAGUGCAGUCAGUAACGCAAGCGCAUCAAGAUGUCCCGCUCAUACACAGGAUGCACUCCGAUAGCAGCGAUCUUGUUUUAGAUAGACACGUGGAGAGGCCCACUGCGGUUUCGACCGUAACAUUUGCCGAUAUCUUAAAGUCGAGCGAAAAACCUAAAGAAGAGGAAUGGAUUAAGGUAACUUAUAAAAGUAAAAUUAAAAACAAGUUUAAAGGAAAUAAGGGUAAGGGUUCUACCGUGUCAAAUGGGAGUUUUAAGGCUGCGGAAGUCAAAAUACCUUUUUACAUAUAUAACGUUGACAAGGGCGCUUCAAUAAGUGAUAUUAAAAGGCAUAUUUAUGAAAAGACGAAUGUCUCAGUAGAACUCACCAAAAUAAAAAUGAAACAGGAUAAACAGUAUGAAGCCUACAAAUUUGAUAUUCCUCACCACAAGCUAUCGGUAUUUAUGGAUGAAAACAUGUGGCCAGAGGGUAUAGCAUUUAGGCGGUACAUAUAUUUCAAAGGUAGGAGGGCAGACUCAGCUCAGGCAAAUGGAACAGAGGCCAAAGAAACUUCUAAUAAUGGAUAA